AACGCUUACAAGAAUCUUGCCUGUCCAUUCUUGAAGUUGUUCUACGAGAGUGAAGAGGUUCACGGUCUGUGUUGAUGCGGCUUGGUUUUAAGGAGCUGCUGGAUUACAAAAAGGGCGAAUUUUGGCAGACGAAGACUGUACCGUCCUAGUCCAUGGCAGCGGGUGAGGAUUCCCCUCUCCCUGCUGGGAUAGCUGGAAGCCGAAGCGUGGAGAAAGCACUUGAAGAGGCAGUAGCGAGUGGCGCAUUAAACUUAUCUAACAGAAAACUCAAAGAGUUUCCUCGCACUGCAAGGAAUUAUGACUUGUCGGAUGUAACGCAAGCGGAUCUCUCCAAAAAUCGUCUGUCAGAACUUCCAGAGGAAGUAUGCCAGUUUAUUUCCUUGGAGUCGCUCAGUUUGUAUCACAACUGUGCCAGGAGCAUUCCAGAAGCUGUGUGCAAUCUACAGGCCCUCACCUACAUCAAUAUAAGUCGAAAUCAACUGUCGUCCUUGCCUCCAUUCCUGUGUCAACUUCCCCUAAAAGUCCUGAAUGCUAGUAAUAACAAGCUGUCCACACUUCCAAACAAUAUUGAAACCCUGGUCAACCUCAGACAACUGGAUGUGAGCUGUAAUGAAAUCCAGUCACUUCCACCUCAGCUGGGCAGCCUGGAGUCUUUACGAGAUCUUAAUGUUCGCCGUAACCAGAUAUCUAUCCUACCUGAAGAGCUGUCUGAACUUCCAUUGGUUCGACUAGACUUCUCUUGUAAUCGUGUGACUAGAAUCCCUGUAUGUUACCGACAUCUUCGACAUCUCCAAGCCAUCAUUUUAGAUAACAACCCACUUCAAUCUCCUCCAGCUCAGGUGUGUACCAAGGGCAAAGUUCAUAUUUUUAAGUAUCUGAACAUUGAAGCCUGUAAUAAAACUGUGCAAGAGCUUACAGAUUUUGAUAGAAUGGUCAGACCGACCAAUUUUACAUCAUGCCUUUCUGAUGAAUUUUACCCACUGCGGCAAUAUGGGGGUCUGGACUCUGGUUUUAAUAGUGUUGACAGUGGAAGCAAGCGAUGGUCUGGUAAUGAGUCAGCAGACGAAUUCUCAGAAUUGUCUCUCCGAAUGGCAGAUAUCACAAGAGAAAACAAGCUUCAGAAAGAGAUCAAGUCUCUACCCUCUUCCAGCUUAAAUGCAAAUGGGGAUACAGAGCAGAUUGAUUUCAUUGACAGUAGUCUAAAUGAAGAUGAUGAAGAGGAGUCUAAAUCGGAUGUCAGUCCCUUGCAGCCUCCCCAGGAAAAACCAAAAACAUCGUCCCCAAGGUCUGAAGCUGACAGUAAAAGCCAGAAAACCAGGCCAAUGGUAAGCCCAGAUGCAGCUCAUCCAGCAGUAGACAGUCCUCCUAGUGAGGACAGGAGACGGAUUCUGCAAAUCUGGCAAGAGAGGGAACGGCAACAGCAGGUGGCACAACGGUGCCAGGGCAUGGAGAAACGAGAAAACAGGUCUGUUCCAAGAAUUACUUCAACUACGCCUGCAGCAGUUCAUCCAGGAACAUCUAGUGGUGUGCAUUCAGACAACAGCUUCACUACUGGUCUUCGUCAAAGGUCUCCGAGUGCAGAACAGAUGACCAGUCCAGUUUCCAGACAUCGGGUAACUACAGUUACAGAUCAAACUCAAGACUUGAAAAGCAAUCUUCCAUCACCUAAAGAGGGAGGUGUGGCUCAGAAGCCAAGCAGCUUUCUUUUCCGCUCUGCCUCCAAAAAUAAUGUCAAGAAUUCAGGUUCUGUUCACUCACUUGUGGAUGCUGGUGUGCCAGAUUCCAGGUCAGCUCUCCGCACUAGGGGUUCUGACCAUCAGGAAGAUCAGGAGCAAAUUGUCCAACUUAGGAAGAUUAUUGAGUCAAAGUUACGAAUUAUUCUUCCUGAAGAUCUAAGUGAAGCACUUUCAAAUGGUGCCACCCUUUGCCAGCUAGUUAAUCACAUGAGGCCUCGAUCUGUUUCCAUUAUUUACAUUCCCUCCCCUGCUGUGCCAAAAUUGAGCACUGCCAAAUGUCGUCUUAAUGUAGAAAACUUCAUCAAAGCAUGUCGAAAACUUGGGGUUCCUGAGGCCAAAGUGUGUUUCGCUUCCGAUAUCCACCAAGGCAAUGUGGACAGAAUUCUGGACACCGUGGAGGCAUUGUUGCUGGUCGAGGCAGACUUCAGACUGGCUCCAUGCUUGCAGCAACUUGCUGGCUUCUGUCUUUUCUAUGCUAUUGUGAUGUUGCUAAUUUACCUGGCUUUGCACAAACUAUCUCUGGUUUAGCUACAUUUGAAAAAACUGUAAACACUUUUAAAGCAGCAAGAUGUAGGGCUAGCCACAUGGUGGAUACUGCUGAAACCAGAUCUGUUUUGAGUAAUUAUUUAACAAGUUAAAAAGUACAAUUCUGUUACCUAGAGCAGCUUUCAGCCAUUGUGGGGAGUCCCUCCGCUGUACCACUUGCAGCUUUGAUUCAAGUUUUCUUAUAAGUAUUUGUGAUGGUAUUCUGCACAUCACAGCUGAUAUUAAACCUAUUAAUACAAGUGCAAGUUAAAGCCAGGUUAUACACUUAUUACAGUUUAAAAAUUGUUUGAAGAGAUGUCUGUGUUCUUCUAAUGCUUUUCCAUUUUCAUUUAUUAAUUGGGCUGAUACAAUAUGGAAAAAGUUGUAAUUUCUGUAUAAGAUAUUUUCAGGUGUCUGUUAUAUGUCUGUCAAAAUUUCCUUCUGAGUGCACUGAUACAUUUGUAUUUAUCCAGCUGCAGUUACCACUUCACUGUUCAUCUUCAAUUUGAAUAACUUACAAAUCCAGGUUUUGCAGUUUUGUUUUAUAUUGAUAAGGAAAUGUAGUAACAGCUUGCUGCCACAGGAUGUUGCUGAUUUGUCAGAACUGCAUAUUGCAGAGCCCACUGGGCCAUUGGAAAUACUGGAUUAUCCAGCGGAUCUUCAAAAAUGUGUAUAGUUUGUAACCCAUUCUUAAAAACAGUAGUGUUUUUUACAUAUGUGGACAGUUCAGUUGGAGACAUGGUUUGGUUAGUUAGCAUAUGGCUUUAAUCCAAGGCAAAACUUUAGGCUAAAGCUUUGUUUUUUAUUAGGUUGCUAGGAGAAAGAAAUUGUGCCCCUUUUGAGCCUGUGGAGAUCUCUUGACUGUAUGUAAAUUGCACCCCAGUUCAACACAUCCAUGCCACUUAUUAUGAUUAUCACCACACAUUUUAUCAUUUAAAGUCUUUUAUUUCUAAAAAGACUGGUAUUCUGCAUGCAGUCACUGUGUGACAGUAUUUUGCUGACAUUUAGUACCAUUGUCUCGGCUCUUAACUGUUAAGUAAUUUGUUAUGAUGACCAUAUGUUGAGUUUUGAUUUCCUUUAUUUGAUGGAUUCUCUUUCCACGUUUAUACUCAAGUUUUUCUAAUGUGUAGCACAAAGUACUAUGUCCUGUAUUUUGUAAUUAUUAAAAAAGAGAAAUUAUUAAAAAAGAAGAGUAAAGUUAGAAGCUGAAGCUGUUUGCGGGCAGAAAUUUACUUCAUUUGUGCUAGAUUUUUACUGUCUAACGCCAAUUUCAUUUAUUUGCACUUUGCUUUAAAAUUUUUCCAUCCCAUGUUUUUUUCAAAAAUGUUGAAACACUUGUUUCUCUUUCCUUGGAACAAUUUCUUUAGCAAUACUAUAAACUAUGGCAUUUCCCUGAAGGAGGUAGAAAUCUCAGUAUGUCAUCUGUACAGCUGGUUAUUUAAAAAAAAAAAAGCAUUGUGAAGAAAAUCCAAAUGGGACCACACAAUCUUAAUGAAGCAUUAGAUGUAUUUUAUAAUAUUUAUGACUAUGUAUUUAAAUGGAAACACAGGUUUGUGCAUUUUUAUGUAUAUGUGUAUAUAUAUAUAUAUAUAUAUAUAUAGGUAUUGGUACUGUAAAAAGAAACAAUUAAAAAGCCAUGUUUUAUGUUUUCUGUCCAAGAUUAAUGUGAAUUGAGCACUUUUUCCCUUGCGAAAUCUUUAAUUAACUCUUUUGACUCGCUGUGUUUUCCAGUAUUUUUUUUGUCUCAUUCCAGAUGUGAUUUACUUUGUCCUGGUAUGUUAAAAGUUAAUGCAUUCUCAAUAGUAAAAAGAAACAUUUUCCCUUUUUAAAAUAUUAAGCACUCUUGAUAUUGAAACAGUUACUUGGACCAGAAGCUUUCAAAGAACUUUAGUUUGGUGCACUGUGCAACAUUUCUUCAGUCUAAUAUUUCUAAAACUAGUUUACAUAACACCUGUUUAACACACAUAUUAAAAUUCAAAUUGGUCACAAUUCUAAGAUCUCCGUACAUGUUUAAUGAAUAGCAUUUUGGAGUGAGCAAUAUUUUCUGCUAUUGUUGUUUAAUUUAAAAUCAACAUAUUUCUUAAAGCAUGUUUUUCUCAUUAAUCUUACUUUGUUGGAGCUGCAUGGUAACUUUGUGGUUUGACAGCUCAUUAUUUUCAUCACACCAGCAAUAUCACACUGUUAGCUGUGAAAUGCAAAAGAGCUAAAACUGUUUUAUCAUUGAAUUUCCUUUUUCCUUUUUUUUGGAUAUCCAUUGUCUGCCUUAAACAGACAUCAAAAUGUAUUAUGGGAUAUCCUUUGGUCAUAAUGAUGGCACUGAGUGAAAAUUUUAAUUUAUUUAGUGCGAUUUUUAUAUUUGUCCACAAUAUCCUGACAAGGUCCUAACUCUUACAUCACAACAAGAUGUAAAGUUUUAGGAGUGGGGUGCUCUUAAACAAGUCACAAUCAUUUGCAAAGUAGCUAGUUGCCUUUUUCCCUGCAACCACUCACUAUUCUUAAAUCUGUGGUGUGGAAAAGCAAAUCAGUAACAAAUGCAUACAGUGACAAACACCAGAGUAAAGGAGACAUCGUACUUGAUGUUAUAGAUAAGCCCGUGGAAACGUUCAUUUUUCCUCUUCCAUCAUUAAAAUUCCAUCCACUCUCUAAAGCUGUGUGAAAGCUCCACCAAAAAUAAAACAUUUGUCAUCUCUUGUCUUUCACCACAUUUUUUAUCUCCUACUCCCCUCAAGGUUUUCAUCAAUUUUCCCACCCUUCAGCUUAAGAUAAGGAGCCUUGUGCCAAUAAAUAUUGCCUACGGUAUAUUAAAACUGCAGCAAAUGUACCCUGCAUAUGUCAGUCUGACUCGGUGUUCUUACCCAAAUAACAGGGAAGCACCCUGCCAGCUGUUAGUAAAGCUGAAGAAUAAAAGUCUUACUACUUACAAUAUAAGCAAAGUACAUUUAAACUCUCACUUAAAAUAUUUUGGAUCUUCCACAGUUUUUUACAUAUUAAUGGUUUAAAUCUCAACCACUCAAAAGUGUGGGCUAAAAUUUGCCUAGUAAGAUAGUUGGAGGACCUACACAAUGCCUUCUCCCUGAAAGUUUUCUGGUAUAGCUCUAUCAUAGCAUAUCAAAGCAGCUUCAGUAUUUCAUUUCAUAUGCCCAUGAACGAUGUUCUGUUUUGUUCAGGCUCUUUUAAAAUGCCUGUCAGGCAACAUUUUUUUCCAACAUUGCAAUGUAUCAUUGCUUUGGAUACCAGUGGGUAAAGCAGUUUAAAAAAAAUAAUACUAAUACAUUAAAUAUGUUGUACUACAGUUUUUAAGAUGCACAAGCAGCAAACAAACCUGGAUCUCGAAGUGCAUGGCAUCCAAAGAAAUAUGCAGACAUCGUAACUUUUUUUUGUAGAUAUAAUUUUUUCAGAAGAUAGUCAUAAAUACAAUUAUAGUUAUUAAAUACACUUAUAUUGGCACAUCACCACAGAAUAUAUAGCAAAACUUAAAAAGCAAUUUGGCGCACGGUAAUGCACAAAGUAACUAAUUCAGUUGCCUCAACUAAACAUUGUGUUUCUUAGCAAAGCUUGUGCCGGCAUGUAUUCAUAUGCUGAAAUAAGAAAUAGCUUUAAUAAAUCUGUAAGCUAAGUUUUGCAUUGAAAAUGAUUUACAUAAAAAGUCAUUGUUGGUGUUCUAGACCAGGUAUACACAAUAGCAAGCUGUCGAUUGUUUUUUAAUUUGAGGUGUCUCUUCCAAAGAAAGUGAACCUUUCAAAACUUUCACACUCAGUCAUUACUUUGUGACUUUCAAUACUAAUAAAAUACAUAUUAACUGUAAAAAGGUUGCUAACAUCUCAAACAUUUGUCAGAGUCUGUAAUGCUACAUAACAUAACUUAUUUUAGCAUGAAUCUACCACAUCUGUGCACUAAAUGUAGCAAUAGUUUACAUUCUACUUAACUGAUAGAAAUAAAUGAAUUUCAAAAAAAUAUUGUUAAAAAAGUCAUAUAACAUUCACCAGAAAGUCAAAACUCAUUCAGUGAUUGUAUAAUAUAAAAAAAACUUAAAAUUGUAUAAAUUAACUUUCAUUGACAUUGGGGUUAUUUUUCUUUUAAACUGUUAAUAUAUAUAUAUAUAUUUUUUUUUUAAUAAUCAAAAAAAGGUAAAAUAUAAAUUAUUUGCAGAUAAACAGUGGCUUAGUGACAUAACUACAUUUUGUCAGCGUUAAGACAAAUCAUUAAUGAAAUGAACCACUUAAGUUUUGCUAGAUCACCGGUCCUCUGGGUGCUUUUUCUUUUUCAUAAGUCACUUAGGCCUGAAGGUCUUUAUGAUCAUUGCUGUAAACUAGACUCUAGUGAAAAAGUCGAUUACUGUAUUUUAUUUCUAGAUAGCGACAGAUAGUGUUUGCAUAAAAGGUAUUCUCAACGUUCUGCCACAAGAAGAACAACUGCUACUGUAUAACAUAACUAUGUUUUUAAGCUUUGAUAUUUGUACAAGAUUUCCUUAUACAUUUCACUAAAGCUGUUAGAUUGUUGAGUCUAAAAUGACUAUCCAUGUUGUUGUGGGUGUGAGCAUGAGUUGGCAUGCAGUGGACUGGCAUUCUAUCUAGGUCUGGCUAGAUUUUAGUAGGCUUGUGUAUGUCCUGCUACGUUAUAAAAGGUAAAUCUUAAUUUUUCUCUACUUGGAGUAUGCUUGUUGGAAGGUAAAAUUUAGUUAUGUGGACAUCACUUGCUGAAUUUAACUUACCAAAUUACUUCCCACAAAAAGUGGCAUGUUGCAGUUGUGUGCAGGUAGGUGUCCAUCUCAGAUUUUAUGGCUUAGUUUACACCAUGGGACUAGAAACACAAUUCUGAUGUUUUUGAUCCAACUGUAAACAAUGCAAAUUAAUGUAUUUAUGUAGGCAAACUCAGAUGAACAGUAGCCAAAAAUUGUGUUUUCACCAAUAGCGUGAUAUAAUGACACAUAUUCCCCUUACAUUUGGGUUUUAAAUUUCUUAGUACUGUAGAUAUGAUAAUUUUGUCGUCUUUAGCCAUGCCCACAGAUAUUUUCUGAAAUUUUGUUAAAACAACAGCUUUCUAGUCUUGUUUAAACAGAGCAUCAAGCCAGAAUAAAAUAAAAUUGGGUAUAUUUUUCUAUUACUCAACUUGUAUUUUAUUAAACAACUAAUGUACCCUUUAAUGAGACGCUUUUAUGGCCCUGUAACCUGUAUAACUGAUUUGAGCUUCGCAAAGGGAAUCACAAAAUUGGAAUCGUAUUGUGAUCAAGAUUAACAUACGAGUAUAGAUCUGGGUUCCAUUCCAAGGAUUAGAUUCCAUAUGCUCUUUUAUCAUUUACAUAGGAGUGCAAUAAAGUAAUGUUAACCCGAAUAUAUCAAAAAUAUCAGAACUGGGUAUAUUAAACUAGCGGUGUAAACUUAGCUAUUAUUGCAUGCCUUGUUUAAGACCAUUUGGGGAAUGAGGGUUAGCCAGACUUUGUGCAUAACUGUCAUUUGAACUUUUCUAAUGUCUACCCACAAAUUCAGCUAUUUGUGGGACGUGAAUGUUGACAGCUGUAAUGGUUUGUGGCCUGUUCUAAAUUUAUUGUUGCCAACAGUUGCAGGCAUUGCAAGUAUAUGUAAAGUUGUUUAGUAAUUACUGUUUAACAUUUUUGAUUUCUGUACAGUAGUACACUACAUAUAUUUACUGCUCUUUGAUUUUAUCAUACACCAUGACUAAACAUGGCUAAAUUUGGAUAAGGUGAUAUGGUGACAUAGCAACACACACAGUGUUCAGUGCUACCUUCUCACAGAUGAAGUGUUUUAUGUUCAAAUUCAACACCUGAUUAUACUUGUCAAAAA